GGUAAGGUCAAAAAGCUCUAGGAGAAGUAACAUCACCCAGAUUGUCGUAAAGUCAGUUGUAUUUCGCUUCUUAUGAGAUAGGUAUAGGUAAAACCCAAUCAUUCUCAUUAUUAGGACCCGAUUGCAGCGCUCCAUGUGAAUGGGGGAACUGGGAACACAAUAAAAAUCGCAACACCUUCUGUCGUAUUUUUUUCGAUUGAUGUUUGGCUGUGGUUUUAGCUGCAGCAAUGGGUUCUAAGUCCAUGGAGAGUGAGUUAGUGGAACUGUUCGAAAAGGCCAAGAAGGCCGCAGACAAGGCGGCCAUAGAUGAAGGCCCUGUGGAAGCCGAAGAGCAAAGAUGUUUAGAUGCCCUCACACUCCUAGCUUCUGUUCCUGUUACUAUGGCUGUUCUCAUCUCUUCUCAGGUUGGUAAGCGACUUCGAAAUCUCACAAAGCAUCCUCGGGAGAAUAUUCGUUCUGUUGCACAAGAUAUACUUGAAGAUUGGAAGAAGGUUGUUACUUCAGAAACUAUGGCAAACAAUGGAAACAAAGCUUCAAAGUCUGAGAGGUCAGAGUCUAUCAAGGUUGAGAAGAAACCAAAGAUAGAAUCAGAGUCUAUCAAGGUUGAGAAAAAAGUAAAGUUAGAAUCGGAGUCUAUCAAGGUUGAGAAAAAAGUAAAGGUAGAAUUGGAGUCUAUCAAGGUUGAGAAGAAAGCAAAGGUAGAACCAGAGUUUGUCAAGGUUGAGAAAAAACUAAAGGUAGAGUCAGAAUCUACUAGCAUUAAGAAAGCAUCUUCAUCAUUAAAUGGCCCUCCCAAGUUGACAAGUAUGAUUAAGUGUAACGAUGUAAAGCGUGACAAGUUUCGGGAUAUUCUUGCAGAGGCUUUCUCCAAAGUGUAUACAGAAGCUGAGGGGGAGCACUUGGAGAGAGUAAAUGCAUGUGAUCCCAUACGGGUUGCAGUUUCUGUCGAGUCAGUGAUGUUUGAAAAAUUAGGGCGUUUUGAUGGAGCUCAGAAGGUCAAGUAUAGGUCUAUAAUGUUUAAUCUUAAAGAUGGAAGUAAUCCAGACUUGCGAAGGAGAGUUCUUUUGGGGGAGAUUAAACCUGAUAAACUUAUUGUUAUGACAGCAGAAGAAAUGGCUAGUGAUCAAAGAAAACUUGAGAACAAGCAAAUUAAAGAUAAGGCUCUUUUUGAAUGUGAACGUGGCCAGAAUCCUAAAGCUACAACAGACCAGUUUAAGUGUAGUAAAUGUGGCCAGCGUAAGUGUACCUAUUAUCAACUGCAAACAAGAAGUGCAGAUGAACCUAUGACUACGUUUGUCACAUGUGUGAACUGCAAUAACCACUGGAAAUUCUGCUAAAGCUCAUUCCUUACAUUGAGUUCGAAAUUCAGCAGAAUCAGGUCUGGGAUGGUUCCUACUGCGAUUGGUUUCAAUCCCCGUGCCUUGGAUCCUCUUUCAAGUGUAUAUCCUGUUGAAACAUUUCUCAAACAUCCAAUACCUCUUGCAGAGGGUGAUCGGUAUGUAUUAUCUAUUGAACUUUUCCAUCAGUGGAGCUCAAACUUGAGGGACCAGUAAUUGCCUGGUGUAUGCUUGAGCCCUGAGCAUAAUCAGCCGAAAAUUAAACAGAAUCUCGGGGGUCACAAUAAACUUGGUAUACUUCAUUUCCUGUUUCUCUUUUUGGAAUACUUUAAUGUACAUUACAAAUCUUGAACCACCGCUACAUUCAUAAAAAGUCUUAUUCUUUCAAGCAGCGGCAGAACGAAUGCAUUUUGAAUGAACAUAGGAAGUGUUUACCGAAGAAUCUUACUUGAAUAUGCAAACAAAUGAGGUCAAUUUUUAUUUUGAAAAUUGGGGAGCGUAAACAUAACCUGAAUAUUAUGGUCA